AUGAUGAGCACCAGCACCAAAGCCGCGCUGCAAAACGCCAUCAAAACCAGCGUGCGGCGCAUCCUGCACUUCACGGGCCCGCACUCCAAGCUCAAGGACAUCUUCGAAGAUGUAUCCGACGACAUCCUGCAUUUUGUGCGGUUCCCGGCCACGCGCGUGCAGGUGUCGAAUAUGUUUUAUCAGCUGCUGGAUAGCGGGGGGAUACCGCAUUUGGAGAGAGAUCGGCUGAGUAGGCGGUUGGCGUCGAGGCGGAGGAGGAGGAGGAGGAGGUGUAGAGGGAGUGGGAUGAGCGGGAGGUGGGUUUUGAUAACCAGCUCUAGAUGUACCGGAUCUAUCAUGCGGGUAUAG